UGCUCACACUCGCACACUCGGCCACUCCGGACCGCCAGCUGCAGAUCACCGAACACACACUCCCGCAGGACCAGGUGUGUUUGAGCUGCUCAGUGUGUGUUGGCGAUGCUGCACUUCCUCCUCCUCUCCACAGGCGGCGCUGUGCUGUGACUGAACUGGUGCUGCUGCUUGUAACAGCAACUCCAUGUGGAAGUGUGUGUGUUUUCCAGUGGAGCUGCUGUUACUUGCAGACGGUGACCUUCGACCUUCAGCGUCCCCACACAGCCUCCAAAAAGCACUGCAGUGGUUACUUAGCAACAGCAGAUGAAGUCAGUCCAGUAACAAGGUCAAUUUGAAGUGACCAGGAUCCAGUAAGGAAUGAACUUCUGAAGUGUAGAUUAAAAAUGACAGAUUCAGUAACGACAUGAAUUCAGUGAUGAAGACUCCAGUGAUUAGGACUGAAGGUGGUCCUGCUGAGGGUGGGAUGCAGGGCGAUGACCUAUGAAUUGACAGCCAGUUUAAGUGGGCCUGCCUGUCAGUUCUGUAGGCCACUGUCCUGUCUGUCCUGUCUGUCCUCUCUGUCCCAGCUAUCCACUCUGUCUAGUCUGCCCCUCUCUUCUCUGUCCCCUCUGUCCUCUCUGUCCCAUCUGUCCUCCCUGUCCACUCUGUCCCAGCUGUCCACUCUGUCUAGUCUGCCCCUCUCUUCUCUGUCCCCUCUGUCCUCUCUGUCCCAUCUGUCCUCCCUGUCCACUCUGUCCCAGCUGUCCACUCUGUCCUGUCUACCCCGCUCUUCUCUGUCCCCUCUGUCCUGUCUGUCCUCUCUGUCCACUCUGUCCCAGCUGUCCACUCUGUCCUGUCUGCCCCUCUCUUCUCUGUCCCCUCUGUCCUGUCUGUCCCACCUGUCCUCUCUGUUCCACCUGUCCCCUCUGUCCUCUUUGUCCCAUCUGUCCUCUCUGUCCUGUCUUUCCCUUCUGUCCUCUCUGUCCCGUCUGUCCCAGCUGUCCACUCCAUCCCACCUGGCCCCUCUGUCCUGUCUGUCCCCUCUGUCCCAUCUGUCCUCUCCAUCCUCUAUGUCCCUCCUCUCCUGUCUGUCCUCUCUGUCCCAUCUGUCCUCUCUGUUGCAUCUGUCCUGUCUGUCCUGUCUGUACCACCUGUCCUCUCUGUCCCAUCUGUUCUAUCUGUCCUGUCUGUCCUGUCUGUCCUAUCUGUCCUGUCUGUCCUAUCUGUCCCGCCUGUCCCAUCUCUCUCCUGCCUUUCCUGUCUGUCCUCUCUGUCCUUUCUGUCCCAGCUGUCCACUCCAUCCCACCUGGCCCCUCUGUCCUGUCUGUCCCCUCUGUCCCAUCUGUCCUCUCCAUCCUCUAUGUCCCUCCUCUCCUGUCUGUCCUCUCUGUCCCAUCUGUCCUCUCUGUUGCAUCUGUCCUGUCUGUCCUGUCUGUACCACCUGUCCUCUCUGUCCCAUCUGUUCUAUCUGUCCUGUCUGUCCUAUCUGUCCCGCCUGUCCCAUCUCUCUCCUGCCUUUCCUGUCUGUCCUCUCUGUCCUCUCUGUCCUGUCUGUCCUCUCGGUCCCUUCUGUCUUCUCUGUCCUGUCAGUUGUCUGUCCCGUCUGUCCUGUCAUGUCUGCUGUGUCCCUUCUCUCUGUCCCCUGGUUAAAGAGGAGUAGAAUGAUGAACACAGUGAUGAUGGCUGUGCAGUCAGGCUUAUUUCACUGAGUUAUGAGAUUCUAACGCUGUGAUAUUUAAAUGAGUCGUUUGAAGAUUUCUGUGUCUGUGAUUAAAAUGACAUUAAAGUUUUUGAAGUUCUGUUGUUGAGUUCUGAAUUUCCAGUGACAGUUUGGUGCUGAUGUGUUGUUUUUCCAUAUUUCUGUGGAGAGUUUGGCUGUUUAGCACAGUGUUGCCGGUGUUAUUAGCUGCUAGCUGAGUUAUGCUGAUGUUAGGUUUUCCUGGGAAACCCAGCGAGAGUGAAGGCUGACCUGCCCCUCCCUGACCUUACACUGACCGGAGCUGAGGAUGAACACAGCAGCUGUUUGCGUUUUAGACCCUUGAAAAAAAAACUCAGUGACUCAUCAGAGUGUUAUUCAUUACAUCACCCCCCAUCCCCCAUUCACUCCCCACCCUUAUUCAGCCCCCC